AUGCUGCGCCGCUUUGUCUCGCCAUGGCUGUGCGCAGGGGUCGCGACGAGAGUAGUACUGACGGGCUACAAGGGCUAUGCGUGUCUCCGUCAUCCAUCCACAACGUCUCCCAGCUGUGACAUACACCCGAUGUGCACUGCGCGACGCUUUAUGUGUGAGAAGCAGCCGAAGUCGUCUUCACUAAAGGCUAAAAAUGCUGCUAAGCGACGUGUUAAACUCCCGAUUGCCGUUGAAAGCGUCGCAGAUGUCCAGCUGAAACCAGGGAACAAACACAAACUUCAGCUACCACAGCCAACGCUGCAGACUGUUGCCCUAGCGUCUUCGCAGCUUAAGCAGAAGCGGCUUGCGGGAAAACAGGAGGAAGUGGGGCUUUUGGAAGCCUCAUCUCGGGCGCCAAAACAAGAGAUUGAGAUGUUGCCACCGGUAAGCAACACCAUGCAGCAGUUUGCGGAGUCUACGCUGGUGUAUAAUGCGCUCACUGGGCGUAUGACCUCGGAGUUAUCCCCAUCAAUGCUGUGCCUUAAGAGCAUAGGGUUUGGUGUCAAUGAGAAGCGACAGGUAUAUUUGGAGAAGCCCGAGGUGCUUCGCCAGCUCGCGCAAAAAAUGCGCAACGGGACGGCGACGCUUCCGGCGCACUGGCCAGUUUCUAUCAUACGUGCUUUAGGUGUUAUUCUUCGAAACCGCGCUAUCAUGGACCCUGCAGAGGCGAUUCAGCAGAUGAUCCAGGUGAAAAUUAAUAACUUGGCACAUAACCGCUAUGCUGACAUUAUUAACGCUGUGGGUAGCGGUGACAUCGAUGAUGUCUUAGACCGUCCCACUGAUGAUCUGCAGGCGGUGGAAUUGAACGAGGAGCAGAAACACGUGAUUGAGCUCGCCCUGAAGGGACACCUGAUGUACAUUGGUGGGAGUGCAGGUACAGGAAAGACGGUCUUAAUACGUGCUCUGAAUCAUCGACUGCAGGCGGAACGCCUACGUGUCGCAAUGACAGCCACAACCGGGGUCGCUGGGUGCCACAUUGGCGGCUCCACAUUCCACCACACAUUGGGUGUCUCCUCACAGGGAGAGUUUCUGCGAAAACGCCACUUGUUAGACUACGAUGUUAUUAUUGUGGACGAGGUAUCCAUGCUUUCGAAGCGAGUGUUUGAGGAGUUUGACCGGACAUUGCGCGAGGAGGCGGGGACGCCUGAUAUCCCCUUUGGAGGGGUACAAAUUAUUCUUUGUGGGGACUUUCUACAGCUUGGGGUGAUCAACGAAGCCUCUAUUAUCACCUCCAAGCUGUUUCACGACUCGUUUGUAAAGCUGCGUCUCGAGACACAGGUCCGACAGGCACCGGACAGCAUGUUUGCAAAGGCGUUACAGGAACUGCGUCUAGGUGUUGUUUCAGACGGCCUUUUGCGGUCCGUGCAACAGCUCCCCGCAGGAACAAUGGUGGAGUCGGCGGUGAAUCUGCUUCCUACAAACAAGGAAGUUCACGUGGCGAAUGAACGGGAGUUACAGCGACUUCCCGGGGACGCCAUUAUGCUGGUGCCAGAGACGGGUAUUACAACUCUUAAGUGUGAUGCCACGGCUACAGUCCUGCUGCGCACGAAGCCUGACUUCAGCGAAGAAGAGUUCUCAAAACAUGUGCGUUCGCUUCUUCAGGCGACGCUAGACAUGCCCAAGUCCUCACUGCUUUGCCUCUACCGCGUGUAUGAGGAUGGGCAUGCAAUGCGUGUUUGCCUUCCACAGGGAGAGAGUGCCGCAUGGCGUGAUGCAAUGCGUGAACGAUUCCUGGAGGUUGCAGGCCUCAUCAACGACUUGGAGCUUGGCGCGACCGUGACGGAGAUUCUGCCGAAUGGUGACGGCAUGCACACCCCCGAAAUCGAGGAAUACCUUCAAAAAUUAAUGCAGAAACAUCCGAUUGCGCAACCGGUAACAUUCAAGAAGGGGUGCCGUGUCUUGCUGCGUGCAAAUCUUUCCUCACGCCUAGUGAACGGAAGUAUUGGCACCGUGGUGGACUUUGUAGAAUGCGCUCUUGAGAAUAUUCCAAGUUUUCUUCGCUGUGAUCGCGUGGACAACUGUGUGGAGCGCUACCGAAUUUUCUGUAUGACGGAGUGUGGAAUGCAGGUCCCCUUGUUGCCUGUCGUGCGGUUUCACAGUGGGAGCACCAUUGUUGUUCCUCCCUGGGAGUUCAAUGUUGGGGGUGGGCCAAUCACAAAUUACUACAGCCUGAGUAGUGUGGCGUUGCCGCUGUGCCUUGCCUACGCCUUUACCGUGCAUAAGGUGCAAGGGCUGACCUUGGUGGGGCGCGUGCACCUUGAGCUCUCCCGCAUGUGGCCCUGUGAGCACCUGUUGUAUGUUGCCAUGAGUCGUGUGAGGAACCCGGAUCAGCUUAGUAUGUCAUCCUUUCAGCCCAGCAUGGUGAUCGCCAAUAAGGGUUGCGUGGAGUUCGAUCGCAAGCUUCCUGUUGUACAGGAGUUGCCGCCAACCGCGAACUUUCAUGUCUCUUCAUGGAAGCGCUGCAACGACACUAUUUACAACCUUCGACGCAGAGGCGCCUCGCUCAGUCACCUGCUCGCUGGAGCUACCUUGAAUGGGGGGAAUGGGACCGAUGGUGAAGGAGCGAAGUUGGUGACGCCGGUGAAGGGUACAUUAGAGCACUCGGUGCUUGUAGCGCGCCGGAUGCGGAAGCUUAUCAAGUGCACGGAGCGUGCCGCGAAGUUGCAAGCAAAUCGUCAAAAGUCUCAACCCGUCACGGCAGCUGGCAACACCGACGAUAUUGACGACACCACGGCGGUGGAACACGUUUUAUAG